AAAAGACGAAAGGUAGGAUGCGUUGCUCUCUCUUAUCAUCUGUGCUACUGGCCUUGGUCCCUUCUGUUGCGGCCCAAGUUGUUGUUGAUGAAGCUGAAACCAAUAUCACAACCGAUUGUGUUGAGGCCGAUGCCUUUGACCCUAACUUCGACUACUUCGAAGGUCUCAAGUAUGCAGUAACCGACUACACUCCAGAGUUGGUGUCUGACCUGGGAACAGAUGCCUUUGAGGACAAUAAGGUGAAUUUGGAUGGCACUACUGAUCUCUUCUCUAUCACCUACCACAAUCAUUACAAGAUCUUGACCAAUCAUCAGAUGAACAAGACGUAUCUGCUGUACAUGUGUGGAACUCAAGAGCAGAUUCCAACUGAAGAGUUGGAAGCAGGAAAGCAUCAUUUGGUUCUAAGUAUCCCUCAUACUGGAGGAGUGGCCAUUACACAAACUACACAGAUUCCAUACAUGGAGCUGUUGGGAUUGCGGCGAGAGAUCAUUGCCUACAUUGGUGACCCCCAGUAUAUUACGUCACCUUGUUUGCUUCAUUUGAUUAACGAAGAAAACUCUGUUGAGUUGGUAUAUGAUCGCGAUGAUCCAUGGAAUUCCACCUCUACGGCUGCUUUACAAGCAGAGUUCUUGGAAGAGCACCCUGAUGCCAUCGUUUUGGGAGGACCAUUCCAUGAUCCCGAUGGGGAUCGUUCGGUAAUUGUACUUGCCACCCAAGAAAGGACAACCGUGGCUACAUUUGAUUGGAUUGGAUUCUAUGCUGCAUUCUUCAAUCUUGAAAGCAUGUCCAACCAAAUUGCAGCCGACACCAAGGCGCGCUUUGAUUGCUCCGCUUCCAAUGCCGCCACUUUGUCUGCGAAUCGAGAAGAACAACCCAAGGUCCUUUGGGCCACCUACUACCAAAGUUAUAAUUGGUCUGUUGUCCAAUGCCCCACCUGGGAUUCAGCCUACUAUUGCGAGUAUGCUAGCCACUGUGGUGCGGAAAUCAUCUCACGGCCAGAAGGAUAUGGUCAAACUGUUAAUGGAUACUGGUAUCUUAACGAUGAGCAGUUUGUGGAAUUGGGCAAGGAUGCGGACAUUUUCAUCUUGGCGAGCCUUGGGGACAAAAUCUAUGAGCAAAAGAAGGAAGCCCUGGAUCAAUUAAAGGCGGUCCAAAAUGAGCAAUUCUAUGAUACAUAUGGACAGGGUCAACACACCUGGCAUGAACAACGUCUCGCAGAGUACGAUGUCGUGGCGCUAGACUUCUGUGAUGUUGUUGGUACAGCGAGCAACACUGGCACUGGGGAAGCUCAUACUCGCCGAUGGCUUCGCAAUGUCUUGAAGGAGCCCAUGGGAUCUCUUCCAGCAUGCAAUGUUCCCGAUGAUAUUGACGAACCGUAUGUUGCCAUUGGAGCAGCAUGCUCGCCUUUGGAAGAAGCUUCUGCAUCUACAAACACGGCUGCAGACGACAACAGGGAAGUCAGUGGUGAAGACAACAACGAUGUCAGCGGUGGAGGCAACAGCGAUGCUCUGGGAGCCGCUUCAAAAGGUUUUUCUCUUGCGUUUGCUGGGGCCUGGGUGUUUGUACUGAUCUCCUCAGUCCUCAGUAUCGCUAUGUAA